CUCACUUCCGGUUGUCAUGCGACGCAAGUCGUGCACACAUCCUUGAGAACGCGUUUGGAGCGCUUUGCUUGCCAUACCGACCUUUGCCUACCUCGCACGCAUUCGGUGAGGAACCUCUGCGCCUGCGUGAACUUAUAGGCGUGUGGCGCGUGACCCCUUUCGGCUGCGAUGGAGGGGAGCGCGCGCGCCGGUGUGGCCCUCGUUCUUAAAGGGGAAGGCACAGUAGUCCCAUCCCCGCAUUGCCCGCACGGUCCAACUCUUCUGUUUGCAAAGAUUGUUCAAGGAAAAGAAGAGGGAAGAAGGUUUUAUGCUUGUUCCGCUUGCAGAGAAAGAAAGGACUGUAACUUCUUUCAGUGGGAAGAUGAAAAGGUAUCAGAAGCUAGACUUUUAGCACGGGAAGAGUACAACCAAAGUCGCAAACCAACUUUCUCUCAUGCAGACAAUGUGGAAAGGUAUAAAGCGUUUCUUGCCUUGCCACUAUCAAAACGGAAGUUUUGUAGAGAAUGCCAACAGCUGCUGUUACCACUGGAGUGGGGAAGGCACUCUGGCCAUCAAGUACUGAAUGACAUCUCUGUGGCCCAGCUAAAAAGACCCAGCCAGCUCCUCAGUCCCCUGGAGAAUAAGAAGACAAACGCACAGUAUCUCUUUGCAGACAGAAGUUGCCAGUUCCUCUUGGACCUGAUUGUUGCUCAGGGAUUCAGAAGGGUCCUUUGUGUUGGCACCCCAAGGCUUCAUGAAUUGAUUAAAUUCCAAGCAUCAUGCAAAGGGGAGAUGAAAAGCCUUUUGUUGGAUAUUGAUUUCAGGUAUUCUCAGUUUUACACAGAGGAAGAAUUCUGCCACUAUAAUAUGUUUAACCAUUAUUUCUUUGCUGGAGAGGCUGCAUAUGAAAUCUGUCGGAAAUUCUUACAGCAAGACAAAGGUGAAGAUGUUAUCAUGGUGGCCGAUCCUCCCUUUGGAGGCUUGGUUGAAGCUUUGGCUUUUAGUUUCAAAAAGCUGAUUGAAAUGUGGAGGCAAGCAGAAGGUCCAGACGAUACCUGCAAGGAGUUACCUAUACUUUGGAUAUUUCCCUAUUUCUUUGAGUCACGUAUUCUUGAGUUUUUCUCACAUUUCAGCAUGUUGGAUUAUCAGGUAGACUAUGACAACCAUGCACUCUAUAAACAUGGGAAGACGGGUCGUAAGCAGUCACCAGUUCGUAUUUUUACCAACCUUUCACCACGUUUGAUCGUGCUUCCUACAGAGGAAGGAUAUAGAUUUUGCUCUGUCUGUCAGCGAUAUGUCAGUUUAGACAACCAGCACUGUGAAAUCUGCAAUUUGUGCACAUCUAAAGAUGGGAGACGAUGGACACAUUGCUUUCUUUGCAAAAAAUGCGUAAAACCCACUUGGGUUCACUGCAGCACUUGUGAUAAAUGUGCUCUUCCAAGUCACUCUUGUAAGGAUACUGACGCUGGGUGCUAUAUAUGUGGAGCUGCAGACCAUAAACGCACCACCUGCCCUAAACUGCAAGUGGCCGGGAGAGGUUAUCAUGGCAAAAAGACAAAGAAAAAGAAGAAUGCAAAAGCAAAUGUUGCCAAAAUAAAAGGCACAAAAAAGACAAGAACGGCAAGACAAACGAAGAGCAAGAAAUAGAAAAACUGCUCCGGUCUCAGUGUUUGCAUCAUUUCUUCAUUCAGUGUUUUCCAGUUAUUAAGCAGCAAUUUGGAAGACUGACUGAAUUAGGGCUGGGUUUUGCACAUAUUGUACUGUUUACUAAAAAUGGCACAAAAAGGCUUCACAAAAAAGGUCAGCUUCCUAAUGUUCUAAAAGUAAACACUAUUAUAUGUUUAUGGCUACAUACAUUAUUCAGGGUGAACUUUUGAGAAUUCAGUGCAAUUCAAUAAUAUUGUAUAAAUGUGACUAUAUUUUUGUACCAAAAAAAUAGCCUCUUUGAUGCCGUCAUCAUUUUUGUUCAUCACUUUGGGUGGGUUUGAAUACUCUGACCUGCUAAGAAGAUGUUGCAAAGUACUGUGAGACAUAGGAUAGCUCUACACAAACCAUUUAUCCCCAAAGACAAUCCAAGAGCAAAGUAAGUAAGUAAGUAAAAGUUUAUUUGUCCCGAAAGGCACUCAGGGCGGUUUCCAAUAUAAAAUCAGCAUAAAACAUUGUACAAUAAAACACUGAAAACACUAUAAGAAUUAAAAACAAAAACAAAACAUAACAAUUGACUAAAACAAUCACAUAAGCAGGAGGAAUAUAAACACUCAAAUAACAUAUGAAUCUGAAAAAAAAAGAAAACUGGGAUGGAGGAGAGGAUCAGUAAAAGUUUUUAUUCAGAUAAAAAGAACUCCAUUGUAGAUAGAAAGGCUUGGGAGCUGUCUAGUCUACUCUAGACUGGUUUCUAAGGAAAAAUAAGAAAGGAAAAAUAACAAACAUCUAAAUACUUGGCUUGGAGCCCCCUGCUCUCCCUUCUCCGAUCACUUCGUUGCUUCAUCUAAUGCCAAACUAGGUGAUAAGUGGCCCAAUACAAAUAUCUAUCUAUAUAAAAAUGUUCUGACCGUUUUUCCCUUAACUUAAACAACAAAACUACUGGAGCAAAUAACACCAAAUCGGGCAACAAAAGACAUAGUCAUCCGGUCUGUGUUUUUACA